GUCAGACAUCUGGACGAAAAAUCACGUGACCUGCCCAUCACAGCACGUGACACACACGUUCCUGGCGUGUGACGUUAGAAGCGACUGUUGGGAGGAGCGGUACGACACCUCGUGGUCCUGCAGCGCGCCGGUCGUACCGGUCCCCCCGGCCUUCACGUGCGACAGCGGCGCCGAACGCGUGCCCUACACCUUGGUGUGUGACCACCGCGCCGACUGCUCCGACCGCAGUGACGAGGACUUUUGCCAGUUUCCACCUUGUAAUGUUGACGACUUCCACUGUGAUAAUGGUCAGUGUAUAUUGCAGAGCCAGAAAUGUGACCAUCAUCCCCAGUGUUACGACCAAACAGAUGAAAAGUUUUGUUCCUUUUAUCCUAUAAAAAAGAUUGUCCAGACCUCCGCACCUCCUGGACUAAUGGAGAUAAAUAACAAAGGCUUGUUUAAGGUCAAACGGUUAAACAAAACUUCUUCCUGUCCAGAGACUCAUUUCCAGUGUCCUAAUGGGUACUGUGUCCCUGUGUAUGUCCGUUGCAACGGUGUAUUCGACUGUCCCGGGAAAGGGGACGAAGCUGACUGCGAGACCUACACCUGUCCCGGCUACUACCGAUGUCGCGGCUCGCGCGUGUGCGUGCACGCUGACCACCUAUGUGACACCUGGCCGCAGUGUCCGCAGGCAGACGACGAGCUGUUGUGUAACCUGACUUGUCCUGACACCUGUGUGUGUCACGGCCUGGCCUUCACCUGCACAGGCAGCUUCCCCGCCAACCAGUAUCUCGACCUGAAGUUUCUCGACGCCCGUGGCUCGGCCAUGACCUUUAGUGACUUGAGCGACAACACGAUGCUGAUUCACCUCAGUCUGGCCCAGUGUGGCCUCACGCAUGCGCCGAGCGUGGGGUUCCCCAACCUGCGCUCACUGGAUCUGAGCGACAACCUUCUUCACUCCAUCAGCAGUGACUUACUGGAUAAGCUGCCCAGACUGGAGACCUUGUCCCUCGCGGACAACCCUCUCACGUCCCUGCUUCCUACAGGACCCACACCCACUGUGUACUCAACUCUUCAUGCUCUUGACCUUUCCGGCGUGAAGAUACCUGAGCUGAACGACUCCAUCUCCAAGACUUUCCCUAACAUCAGACAUUUAAACUUGACAAACGCGCAAGUAGAGCGUGUUACAGACGACAGUCUGUUGCUGCUGACACAGUUACAAACACUUGACCUGAGAGGAUGUCCCCUGUCAUCAUUCUCAUCACGUGUGUUCAGACCUUUGAGCAAGCUUCAUGCUGUGUAUGCCGACACUUACAGGAUGUGCUGUCCAGCCAACCUUCCUGAAAACUUUGACCUCAAUCAGUGUGUGUCGCCACCAGACAGAAUUUCCUCCUGCGAUUCUCUUCUGGGCUCGACUGUGCUUCGAGCGAGUGUGUCCGUCUACACCAUUGUUGCUGUGACUGGAAACACACUUAUCUUGCUGCACCACACCUACAUAAGGAAAGUAGACAUGGCUGUGUGCUUUAACACGCUGCUAAUAAAUCUGUGUGUGGCUGAUCUUAUGAUGGGCGUGUACUUGACGAUAAUUAGUGUUGCUGACCAGGCCUUCCUCGGCCACUACCUGUGGAUGGACGUGGCUUGGAGAAAUGGCGCUGCCUGCAGGUUGGCCGGGUUCCUGGCUGUUCUUUCCAGACAAGCCUCAGCUUUUAUUGUCUGCCUCAUUACUCUAGAUCGUUUACUCGCUAUUGUGUUUCCGGUCAGUUCUGCUCGAUUUCGCCGGAGUGCGGGCUGGAUGGUCUGUACACUGAGCUGGGUGGCAGGACUGUGUGUUGCUAGUUUAUCUGUGUUACAAGCCCCGUCAUCCGACACCAUGUACAGUCAGAGUGGACUCUGCAUCCCGCUACCUACAGAUAGGUUAGACAACCGGAAGGAAAUCGUCGCUCUUAAAGUCGUAUUUGUUUUUAAUCUUCUUCUUGUCCUCUUAAUCGUUUUUGGCAACGUUUUCAUAUUCUGGACAGUUUUCUCCACAAACUUGCUGUUUUCAGACACUAGACCAAAGUCGAGAGAACUGAUCAUCGCGAGGAGAGUUAACCUCCUUGAUGCAGUGGAUGCUACUUGUUGGUGUAUAAACUUGUUUGGACUUUUACCUUUUCUUUCCAGUAAUGUUGGAGUCAACCUGAUUAUUUUUGUCUUGCCUCUACCUUCUGUUCUCAACCCCCUCUUGUAUUCUUACAGUUUUAUUUCAGAACAUAUGGAGAAAAAGAGAGAAGAAGAACUGAGGAAAUGGCUUCAGUUAGAAAGUAGGCAAAAAGAUUUAGGCAGAAAAACAUGUCGCAAGAAAUGUUCAAACUCAAGUGGAAUUGAUUAUCAAUAAGAAACUUUUAUUUUGCUUGACUACUUGUUCUCCUUUUAUUUUGGCAUAGCGGGAGCUGACAGGAUUUCACCUGGCUGAAUUCUGCAGAACAAAGGCCUAUUCGUCUCCUGCCGACUUGUUUAAAUUACUGUGGAUGCAGACAACAUUGAUAUUGUUUUGUAGGACAGUGGAAAUGUUGGAGCGGCUCAGGACGAUCAGAUUUUGUAUUUGCAGACCGCUAUUUCAAUCGCACUUCUUUGUAAGCUUAAACUCAGUAGUGACUUAUUACCAGAAUUUCAACCAACUGUUACACAAUAACAUUUAAAGCAAGAAGUUGGCUACAUCAGUAUGCUGAGUGCUCAUUAUUUAUCUUAAAACUGUUCGUAAAGAUUUACGAUCCUUGUGUCAGUUUAUCUAGAUUCUAGACAAUAUUUACAUAAAAGGCUCUUAGAGAUGCAGAUAAACGUAAAUCGCGUUAGUGGACAUUUUCGGUUUUAACAAAAAGGAAAUUGCUUGCAACAUGAAUUUUUAUGAUUGCCAGUGUAAAUACACCUUGAGCAUUGUAAGUGAAAGUAGUUGUUUUAUAAGUUACAGUGUAUGUGUUUAUAUAAAUAUAUAUCUGUGUAUUUUGUAUUAUUGUAAAGCAAAACAAUAAAAAUAAAUUAAAUAAGUAUACAGUGAUGUAGUCCAUCCAUAAACAUAAUGUACAUUAAUGACUGAUUUCAUAACUUAUUGUGCAAAACGAUCCUACACUAUGUAACUGUGCUUUCAUAUAUAUAUAUAAAUUUAUGCUCAGAUGCUUAAACAGUAUUCCAGUGUUUUGUGCCUCUUAGGACGUUUUUAUUAGCAAAUCUAUUUUUUACAGAAUCACAUACAAAGUUUCAUUGACGAGUGCAAGUACAGGUAGACUUUGAUGAGGUUUGCCUACUGUCAGUUGAACUUACAUACCACAUUUUAAUCAUUCCUGCAAAGUGUCAGCCUGAAUACAGGUACCAAUGAUCAAUCAGACCCACGAGGAUGAUGGAUCACUGUACAUGUUAUAUGUUAUGAUUUAUGUUUUUGUGACUAUAAAGUUUUGUAA